AUGGUGCGCAAACUCAAGCAUCAUGAGCAAAAGCUCCUCCGCAAGGUCGACUUCGUCAAUUACCCUUCCGACGACCAACACCGUGCUGCUGAAGUUAUACGCAAAUACUCACUUACAAACCCGACCGAUUACGGUUCCUACAACCGACUUGCUGGUAAAUUACGACAUCUCGCACAUCGCAUCGCGCUCCUACCGCCAGAGUCUCCAUUCCGCCGGAAGCAGGAGGAUUUGUUGCUUGAGAAACUACAUCACAUGGGUCUGCUCGGGGUUGGUGGUCAAGGAAAGGGCAAAUUAAGCGACGUUGAGAAGAAAAUCACCGUCUCAGCCUUUUGCCGUCGACGACUCGGGGUGGUCAUGACACGUCUUCGGAUGUCAGAGACUGUAAGCGCCGCCAAUAAAUUUAUCGAGCAAGGUCACGUUCGCGUUGGAACGGAAGUGGUGACGGAUUCAGCAUUUUUGGUGACAAGAAAUAUGGAAGACUUCGUCACAUGGGUGGACUCCUCCAAGAUCAAACGCAACAUCAUGAAGUACCGCGACAAGCUGGAUGAUUUCGAUCUGCUAUGA